CUGCGAUUCCUGUUGAAAUACGCUAAAUCGUGACCCUUGUAACCGGCAUAUGCGAUAAGGCUUCGUGCCUAUCUCCACGCCUUGUUGCUGGAGCGAACGACGACGACAAGCCCUCAAAACACAAGCCAGGAAGCUUUGCAUCUGCUGUCACAACGUGUUGCCAUAUAAGUAACAAUGUUACAGUGAGAAUAUAUAUAACACAAUGUCUGUUAUACAAGUGGAAGACCUUGUUUCAUAUCAGCUUCGCUCUAACUAUCUAAAUACCGUUAAAGAUGGUGUUGGCGAACGACUUAUUACCCUCAACGAUGCAUUCCUCAAUACUCCUGGCUUCAAGGCCGCUGGAUGGCGCCAGAACCCCUCACACGUGAAGCGAACACACUCACCUCCGAUACCUACCGCAAUAACUUCUGAAUACUUUAAAGCACCUAGAUUUGGCUUACGGCCAAGAUCAUCUCACGAUGAAUUUGAAGAAGGCGGUAUGGUUACUGGCGAAGGCGCUGGAGAUACAAUUGGCCCUGGGAUCGCUACAAAGAGGAGGAGAAGGCGUGAACAGAUGGAAGAAGAAGAUAGCAGUGAUCUCAGCGAUGACAGCGACGAGGAAGAGCAGCGAGCUGCCCAACAAAUCAAAUUUGAAAAGAUGCCGGUACGGUUAGGCUCUGGUUCUUCUCCAAUAAGGAAUCCCAACUCAAAAGGCUCGCCCAAUAUGACGUCCCCUCCACGACAGCCUGGUGCUCGUCGUGGAUCGCAGUCUGCUGUCGAAGCCGUCAAGGAAAGAGCAAGACGAGAUACCGUCACAAGCAGUGAGAUGUCGUCUGAGAACGAGUUCGAUAAUUCUGGCUUUAAGAGACAGCAAGCGCAAGGGAAAGUUCUAGCGAAGGCUGGCAGACGUGAGAUGGAAGACUACUCAUAUGUGUCGGAUAUGUCUUCAGCUUUUGGAGACAGUGUGGACUCCCAGUCCAUAUUGGGCAGCGUCGAGGGCCGUACAUCAACCUCUUUAAACCACCACGCUGUUGGUACGCUGCCUCGUAGUUUGGCAAAGAUGUCUCUCAAGAAAUCAAAGCCAGCACCGGCAAUCCUACAAGCACUACCACCUCCUCGCCCUAUUAGCUUUAUACAGCCAAAGAGUCUCUUAUCAGCUGCCAUAAGUGCGAAACGAACGAAGGCAGCAAUGCCGUUUGAGAAGUUUGCGUCUUACUCUGGUCGAGGUGAUCCGAAUCCGCUGAGGCUGCGCAUAUGGGCGCCAUUCGCAUCAUCAAAUGAGACAUUUUACGAAGUGCUUAUCCGGCGAACUAUACAUGGCGGAGAAGGAGGAGAUCGCCAGGUUACGGUGGCUGACCUGAUCGGAUUGAGUUUGAACAGAUAUGCGGAGGAGAAGAAAGAGCCCGUGCUAGCUGCGAAGCAACUCAAUGUAAACCGCUGGACCCUCCGUCUAAUCGAAGACGACGAAGUGGACUAUGACUUUCCAGCUCUCGACCGCACGAAGCCCGUCGUGGCAUUCACGACUGUGAAUAACAAGGUGGCCCGUACCCGUUCUGGGUCGUCGUCUUACGACGAAUUUGCACUCGUUGAAGCCACAGAGGAGCAGUUAAAAGAGAAUGAACAGCGUACUCCACAGUUCCAGCAGGAAUCUCCUGGCUCAACUGGCGACGACGAAUUCAUACCCGUCCCCAAGUUCCCUUCGUCCGUCUCCUCCGCCGCUCCAACCCCAUCGCCACACAAUCCCGUCAUAAGAACCAUGCCCAACAUCCGCUCCAAUACACUAGCAGACAUGCCUGCCGCUCCCAUCCGGGGUAACGCAGCCCCCAGCGGCGCCCAGAAACUCCUACGCAUACACAUCCACUCCCUCGAUGCCUCUCCGGGGCAGUUAGUCACGCUCAACGUAGCAACCACCACAUACCUCGCCGAAGUUUUGGACAUCGUCUGCAAGAAGCGACACCUCGACAAAGCGAACCACGUGCUCAAGCACUCUGGCUCCGGAACAGUCGUCCUCCUCGACCGCACCGUCGAGUCCAUCGGCGCACGCACCGACCUAGACCUCUCGCGCCGCCGCUUCGCCACCGACGGCCCGCUCACCAUGUCCGGCUCCCCCGCCUCCACACCCCCACGCACCCCCCUCCGAGCCUCCUUCGACGCCCCGUCCGGCGCGGCACUACGGAAGAUGCGCAAAGGUGCCGCGGCGCCGACGGGGAUGGUGGGGUCGCCGAUGCACCCGCUUGCGCGCGAGGCGAUGAAGCAGGAUGAGGAGGGGAAUCCGGAGAAUUUCCGCAAGUACAUUGUUUGGCGCCGGCAGCCGAUGCGGUUCGUUGGGAUGAACGAGCGGAUGCUCGUGAUUGAUGGGGAGUAUCUACAUAUUAUGCCGGGGCCGAGCGGGAAGACGCUGUUUGAGGGGAAGGGGGAGGGGAAGACGACAACGGUGCAUUUUAGUAAUGUUGUUGGAUGUAAAGUUACGAGGAGGCAUCCGACGAAUUUUAAGGUCGUUCUCUACCGCACCGCAGAGACAAAACGAUACGAUUUCGAAGCCCGCUCCGCCGAUGAAGCGGCAGAAAUCGUCUUCGAGCUCAAGAAGGGCCUCUUACCAUACCACGAGAGUUGAGUUUACUGUAGCGAGCGACUUGGCGUUUUUGGGCGGGCGGGAGUACGGGUUUGGGAGGUCAUACAUGAACUGUACCGAGUACAGCGGGGA